CCUCCAACAAUGGCUGAAACUACCACCUCUCCAUUCACCAAAAACCAAGCAAAUGUUGAGUUUGAAAAUGAGGCUUAUGAUGAUGAAGACUAUGAAAAACUUAGUCCAGAAUGUAAGGAACUACUUCUUUCUCUUCCUAGAGAGAAGGGUUGGGAUUUUCCAUACCUCUAUUUGAACAAAGAUAUUUGGAUUCCUGCGCAUCGAAUCCAAGCCAUGUGCUCAUUCCAAAAGCACUUUCAAGCCAUGGAUGAUGAUACUGUUAUCGCUACCUUACCAAAAUCUGGCACUACUUGGUUGAAAGCCCUCACGUUUGCCAUUGUAAAUCGUAAGGUUUUCUCUCCUUCAGAAAAUAACCAUCCUUUACUUGUUUCCAAUGCACAUGAUCUUGUUCCUUUCUUUGAGUUCAAUCACUAUGCAAAUAACCAAGUUCCUAAUCUCUCCAAUUUGCCUAAACCAAGACUUUUUGGUACCCAUAUUCCAUUUCAUUUGCUGCCCGAGUCAAUUACCAAAUCGAAAUGCAAGAUAAUCUAUUUAUGUCGUAACCCAUUUGAUAAUUUCGUGUCAUUUUGGCUUUUUAUCAACAAAGUCACACCACCAUGCUUACCCAAAUUAUCACGUGAGGAAGCAUUUGAGCGUUACUCAAACGGGAUCAAUGACACUGGCCCAUUUUGGACUAAUAUGUUGGGUUAUUGGAGAGAAAGCCAACAGUCUCCGAACAAGAUUCUAUUUUUAAAGUACGAAGAUUUGAAAAGAGAUGUCAAAUUCAACUUGAAGAGAAUGGCUGAGUUCUUAGACUGUCCAUUCAACUCAGAGGAGGAAAGUGAUGGUGUUAUUGACAACAUAGUUGAGCUGUGUAGCUUUGAGAAGAUGAAGGGAUUGGAAGCAAAUAAGACUGGAAAGUUUUUGCAAAAGUACGAGUACAAAUACUUCUUUAGAAAAGGUGAAGUAAGAGAUUGGGUCAAUCAUUUUUCCCCUUGGAUGGUAGAGAAAUUAUCCAAAAUGGUAGAAGAGAAAUUGGGUGGUUCUGGUUUGUCCUUUUAAUAAAUCUCUUUAACUUUCUAGCAAUAAUUUAUGCCAAAAAAAAAACAAUAUGCAUCAUGUUUUCUGUUAUGAUAUUAAUUAUCUGUGUAGAUUUCUUGUGUUGAUAUUGAUGCAUAGGAAUGUAUUCACUCAACCAAGUGAAGAAAACACAAAUACUCUUAUACCAUAUUUGGAUGCAAAGAAUUUGGAUUUGGAUUAGAGAAUUUAAGCCAAAUUCACUAUUUGUAUCCCUAAAAAUCCAUAUUUUACGUUAUAAUUUUUUUUUGUAAUUUCAAAUUCUUCAUGCACCCUAGAUAUUUAGGUAUUCUAAUCUCUUGUUCUCUUUC